UUAAAAAAGAAGUCUUUCUGCAUUGCAUUAACUUGUGUAUAGUUCAAGAUAUGGGUAUCGAUGUGCAUUGUUCUGAAGUGAUCCAUAAUGUUCUGCUUUCGUGUUUUCAUAUUUGUCCGAAAAAGCUGAGAGAAAGGAAACUAGAAUGUUGCUGGAGCUGGAAUAUCACAUUUAUCUAUCUUGGGUGCAUACUAAAUGAAUUGGGGGUGGGGGAUAAUGGAAGAAUCAUAUGGUUCUGAUAUAUGUGGAUUUCUGGAACCAAUAAAAAUAUGAAUAUAUUAAGAUGGUGCAAAAAUAAAAUCGAGCACGUGAGACGUAAUAAUCGAUAGAUUUGGUUUUGAGUUCAAGAUUCUGGAUAUUCCGAGAUUUGGAAAGCGUAUUUGUACUUGACCAAUACAGUGGUUUAAACGAGUAGUUCCCACAUUUAAUGGAUAUUUAAUCACGUUAAAAUUUAUUUCGAUACUUCAUGUUUACGGUGAAGUUUCUAAAGUUAUGUUUAGCAUUGGCCAUCGCUCUGCUGUAAUAUGCACUUGAUCGAUGAGAUGAACUCUGCAAGGAAAGUUAAGUGUGUAAAUUGUGCUUCUCUUAUCCUUUAUUUAUUUAUUUAUUUACAUGUAAUUGUUUCCUACUUGACACAUGUGGUCUCUUGUACUCUGUGUUUAUUUACUCACCAAAAUGAUUAAGGCGGAAGGGGUGAUGCACACUGAGCGCAUUUUAUCGGCCGGUUUAUGUAAUAGGUCUGCUUUUGAUGUGCACUUCUGUUCGUAUGUUCUUAUGUAAUGACUAGCAUUACUGUGCGUUCCUAACUGUGGGGUAGCGGAGGGGUCAAAGUUCAUGGCAGUUAAAAGUUACAAGUUUUUUUUUCUCACUGAUUGCUGUUGGCGAAAUCGAGGGUGUAGUAGUAGUUUUAGUGUAUGGUGCACAUAAAUUGAGUUAAAAUUUUUGUGAGGCGGAUUAUCGUAGGCGUAUUCGUGUGGUAAUUGGUAAUUUGGAAAACGAUUUUGAAAUGAUCAAGGCAUUUAAGGCUGUAAUAAUUGGUGCUCCGGCGUCUGGAAAGGGCACAAUUUCCUCUAGAAUUAUUAAAUACUUCGAAGUGAAACACGUGUCAAGCGGGGAUAUUCUCAGAAGUCACAUGUCCAGGAACACAGAUUUUGGUUUGAAAGUCAAGCAGUAUGUUAAUAAAGGUCAUUUGGUUCCAGAUGAACUUAUGAUUUCUCUUAUCAAAAGUGAAUUGGGUUUGUUGAAAAAUAAUAACUGGCUUCUGGAUGGCUUCCCAAGAACCAGGGAGCAAGCUGAAGAGUUAUACACCAAAGAGCCAAUAGAUGUGGCUCUUAACCUUAUAGUACCCUUUGAAAUUAUAAUUGAGAGAGUUAAAGGAAGAUGGAUCCAUGAACCAAGUGGACGGAUAUAUAACACAGAAUACAGUCCUCCAAAAAUUACGGGGAAAGAUGAUGUGACAGGGGAAGAGCUAAUUCAACGACCUGAUGACCAGCCAGAAGCAGUUAGGAAAAGACUUGAGGUCUAUUCUGAUAGUAUUAACCCAGUACUGGAUUUCUACAGGAAAAAAGGAAUUCUGCAAGAUUUCAAAGGGAAUACAUCAGAUGAAAUAUGGCCACUUGUGUACAAUUUUUUGAAGAAGUACAUGGUACCAAAAGCAGAGCUUCAUUGACAGAUGAACUGAAUAAAUGUUAAUGAUUUAAACUGAUUAGCUGAAGACUGGUAAAUGCCAAAUCAUAAUUAGUAUUCAAUUGAAAUUCAGAAGGUAAUAUAAAUAUCACACAAAGGUUGUUUUAACUGCUGUUUUGAUUACUUUCUGAUGUCUAGUUCAAACAUAAAAUUAACAGGAAUUGAUAAAAACACUGUUCUUCACAUUCAUUCAUUGUCAGUCACUGAACAUAAAAUUUGCUGAUAAGUUGAUGUACAACUAAAUAGUAAUGUAAUUUAAUGCAUUCUUGCGCAUUGCUUCCAUUUGUAGUAGAAGCGCUAUGUUCACAUUUCUGAUGUAUAUUAAGCAUGGACCUAAUAUGUAGCACACGUGGAUUUUGAUAUAGACAGACAACAAAAUAAGAAAUUUACUAGUGCAAGGGUGAAGGAAGUGGCAGAAAUGAAUAGCACAGUGUGGACAUUAGCCUCAGUAUCACACUUUUGUCUUAACACUUGGAUCACACAAGAUAGCAUUGAUUCAGUGCAUUAUAGUACAGGUACUUCUCAAUUUAUGGAAGAGUAGCAUUCCAAAAAAGUCAGAGGGCAAAAUCACAUAAAUUCAACUUGAUUUUCUGGUAAUGGUCAAUAUACGUAGGUAAGUCAGUAAGUAAGUUACAAAUGGAUAUAGAACUUAAAUAAGAGUACUGAUUUGAAAAAUGCUU